AUGGCGGACACUUAUACGUGCAUGACCUGCCGGAUGUUCUUCGACUCUGCGGAGGUCCAGCGAACGCACUACCGCGCACCGUGGCAUUGUUUCAAUCUCAAGCGCAAGGUUGCUGGACUGCCGCCCGUGAGCGAGGAAUCGUUCGAGGACAAGGUCAAGGCCCUCAAGACUGAGAAGAUCGCCCUGGACCACCAGGCCCUCGCCGCCAAGCAGCGGCCCGCUUCCAAGAAGACCCACAAGUUCCAAAUAACCAAGGGCAAGGGCAACGGCCGCAAUGCUGCCGGCAACCUCGCUAUGGCAGCUGACGAGCUCGGCAUCUCGCUCGAGGACACCCCUGUGGAAUCUGUCGACGAUGAUUCUGCCGAGGAGGAGGAACCGGAGUUGACUGAGGAGGAGAUGAUCGAGCAGCGCCUCAAGAGCGCGAAGCCCGUGCCCGUCACGGAGUGCCUCUUCGACGGCCACGAGAGCAGCGACCUGAAGUCCAACCUCGACUACACACGAAGCAAGUUCAGCUUCUUCAUUCCGGAAAUCGAAAACCUGGUCGACCUCGAGGGCUUGAUGACCUACCUGGGCGAGAAGGUCGGAGUGGGCUACACAUGUCUCUACUGCGGCAAGGACUACCAGAGCCUGCCAGCCGUCCGAUCCCACAUGGUGGACAAGAGCCACUGCAAGCUCAAGUUCUACGAGGAGCUUGAGGAGUACGACGAGUACUACAACUUCGAGGAGAACGCCGAGGACGAGAACAACAACCGGUCGUUGAUCACCGUCAACGACGAUGGUUCGGUUGACACAGGUAUCACACUCUCUGACACCGGUGCGGAGCUGGUGCUUCACAACGGACGGACACUCGGAAACCGAGCGUACAAGACCUACUACAAGCAGCGACACCGACCGUCUGAGUCGCGCACGUCGGUGUUGAUGGUGCAGCUGGUCAAGCAGUACAACGAGCUGGGCGUACUGCGCGAGAAGCGGGCCGACGAGAUCAUCGCGCGCAAGAAGCAGGAGAGGCGGAUACGACACAACAACGGCGAGCAGGUGAAGAUCCAGCUCAAGGCCAACAGGCUCCAGAAGUACAUGCACCACAAGGAAUGCAUGACUUAG